AUGAGAGAUUACAAACUAGUGGUCUUGGGUGCUGGUGGUGUCGGUAAAUCCUGCUUGACAGUUCAGUUUGUCCAGGGCGUUUAUUUGGACAGUUAUGACCCAACCAUUGAAGAUUCAUAUAGGAAGACUGUCGAGAUUGACAACAAGGUGGCAGAUUUGGAAAUCUUGGACACUGCGGGUGUAGCCCAAUUCACAGCAAUGAGAGAGCUAUACAUCAAGUCUGGUAUGGGCUUCCUGUUGGUUUAUUCCGUGACAGAUCGUCAGUCUUUAGAAGAACUACUGGAUUUAAGAGAACAAGUGCUGAGGAUCAAGGAUAUGAACCGUGUUCCAAUGGUUCUUGUUGGUAACAAAGCUGAUUUGAAGGAUGAAAGAGUUAUCAGUGUGGAAGAAGGUAUUGAAGUUAGUAGCGACUGGGGUAAAGUACCAUUUUAUGAGACAAGUGCGCUUUUGAGAAGCAAUGUUGAUGAAGUUUUCAUUGAUCUUGUAAGACAGAUUAUUAGAAAUGAGCUGGAGAGUGUGACUGCUCCUGAGCUACCCAAGACAAUCAAAAAUACAGAGAGCGAAGGCCAAAACAUAAGAGAGAACCAAACAACUCAGACGGCUACACAAAAGAGACAGGUAUCGACUGCUCCGAGUAAGAAGAACGUGAAGCAGACUGUUCCAACUAAAACGAAUAAGGACAAAAAGAAAAAGAAGAGAUCUUGUGUAAUUUUAUAA